AUGGCAGUACUUUUCACUUCUACGAGAGGUAUCCUCGCCUUGAUUUGCUUUCUCAUUCUCAACCCCCUGGCCAGUGCCUGCUGGGGAAACUCACCCUGCAAUGGACCAUUGGAAGCUUCCUUCCCUGGUCCGUGGGAAAAUUACAUGCACUCGCCAUCAUCUCGCCUCGUCUCACCGAAAUCAAUCCUCAAUUCCGAUACCAGCUUCCAGACUCGGUACCCGAGUCUUUCAAAACUUGCAGGAAAUGGCUCCCUCGUGAUAUUUGACUUUGGACAAGAAGUCGGUGGAAUAGUCAACAUCAACUACACAACCAACGGAGCGGGGACUCUCGGCCUCGCAUUCACGGAGGCCAAGAACUUCACUGGUUUCAAUUCAGACGAAUCAAACGGCGGUUCGACUCCAGAUGGUGCACUUCUCAUUGAUAUCUCAUCCGAUGGCUCAAAAACUUACUCCAUGCCUCUGGACAAAAUGCGCGGAGGGUUCAGGUAUCUGAGUGUUUUCACUCUCACCAACUCAACCGAUUUCAACGUUACCGUUGAUACCGUUGAUGUGGAGAUCACCUUUCAGCCUUCGUGGCCUAAUCUCAGGGCGUAUGGUGGUUAUUUCCAUUCCAGUGAUGAGCUGCUGAAUCGCAUUUGGUAUGCCUGUGUCUAUACGCUUCAAGCGAAUAAUAUCCCGCCUACUUCUGGUCGAACGUGGCCAGCACCUACUCAGGGAUGGGAAAAUGAUGCAGACCUGGGACUUGGAUAUAGUGUUCUGGUGGAUGGGGCAAAGCGCGACCGGGCUGUUUGGGCGGGUGAUUUGGGAAUCUCUGUCCCUGCUUCUCUUGUUGGCCUUGGGGACUUUGAGAGUAGUAAGACUUCUCUGAACAUUCUCUAUAUUAACCAGGAUCCGACUACCGGAGAGCUUCCAGAAGUUGGACCGCCGAUCAACUUCUUUGGCUCGGAUAGCUAUCAUCUGGCAACGAUGAUCGCGACACAUGAUUACAUAUUGUACAGUAAUGAUAUGGAGUUCCUCCAGUCAAUCUGGCAGAACUAUACGCAAGCAAUGACCUUCAUCAUCUCCCGAAUUGAUAGCACCGGCCUGCUCAAUGUCACGGGUUCUUCUGGCUGGGGUCGAUCUGCAGAUGCAUCCGGUUACAACAUCGUCGGAAACAUGCUCAUGUACGGAGCCCUGCAGACUGGCGCAGUCCUGGCGAUUUGGGCCAAUCAGUCAGAUCUAGCGAAGGAAUGGGAGACUACGGCGUCGAGACUGAAAAGUGCGGUCAACUCUCCAAGCUACAACUGGGACCCAUCAGUUGGCGCAUUUAAAAACAAUCCUACCGACAUUAUGUUCCCCGAGGACGGCAACAGUAUUGCCCUCUUAUAUGGCGGUGCGAAUAGUUCCACCUCGUCAAACGUCAGCGACUACCUCACUACCAACUGGGGCCCCAUCGGCGCCGAGACACCAGAGAUGCCGGGUACCAUCUCACCAUACGUCGAGAGCUAUGAAGUGAAAGGAAACUUCAAGAUUCGAAAUACAAAACGUGCUCUUGAUCUCAUCCGUCUCAGUUGGGGCUGGUACAUCAACAAUUUAAUGGGAACUGGCAGUUCAAUGAUCGAAGGGUACAAUGUAGAUGGCUCGUUCCUGUAUACUGCUAACGAAGGGUACGACAAAUCGGGCUCGUAUAUUUCACAUGCGCACGGGUGGAGUACUGGACCUGUUGACGGGUUGGUCUCGUAUGUGGUUGGGCUUCAGCCUACUGCCCCGGGUGGUGCGAAUUGGACUCUGGCCCCGCAGAAGGGUGAUCUGAGUUCUGCACAAGGUGGGUUCACGACGCCGCUGGGGAGAUUCUCGGCGAGUUGGGAGAUCCAAAACACUGGUUUCAUUCUUCAAUUUGAUACUCCGGCGUCCACUCAGGGGCUGAUGCAACUUGAGGUUUCCAACUCGGCGAAAGUUCUUGUUGAUGGACAAGCGUAUCCGAUAAAUAGAGACCCUGUCACUGGGCUUUCGGAGAUUAGUGUGUCUGGUGGUAAGCAUGUUGUAAUUUUGCAAUAG